ACAUAAGAAUAAUAAUAUCAAAUGGUGAAUUAUGGAAUAACAAUACACAAAACUUAUGGUGACGGCUUAAAUUUAAUCUUUAUAAUUUGAUAAUUUCUGUAUAACAACAUAGUAAAUUGGACUGGCAUUACUUUUAUGCUGUCCAGUAUAACUUAUUCAAAAGUUUGAUCGAAUAAAAUGGCGCAAGCUGAAGACACCGAACUUCGAGACUUGGUUAUCGAUGCUCUAGAGAGAAAUGGAUCGCUGGCGAAAAUACGAGCGUUGCUAAGGGCUAAUAUUUUUUUAGCUUUCGAAGACGAAUGUGAAAACCUGAAACAGAACUUGAAUUUAGAUAACGUGCUCAAGUUACCAGAAGGACUGCUGGCACUAUCAGUGAUUCAUGAAUUUUUAGAAUUCUGCCGUUUGAAAAACACUUUAUUUGUCUACAUGUCAGAGUCGCGUCAAGGUAACGAAUACCAUUAUGAAGGGAAGAAAAAACUGGCCGAAAAGCUGAAUUUUAACAAGUGUGAUAUGAAAGAACCUAUUCUACUGACAUUGAUUAAAAAUAUGUUAAAGCCUCACCAAAAGAAAUUUGAUUCAAAUGUUAACUCGAACUUUUCAAAUCAUGAUACAUGUGAUGAAAAGAAUUACAGGGAAGAUGAGAAUUGUACUUACAUACUCCAUGAAGACUCUCAAAGCAGUGCCACAAGUAUGUCACAGUCUGACAACUCCUCUGAUGAAAAGAACAAGCUCCACUUACGCCUCCAGUUGGAUAACUCAGACACAGACACUUCAAGUGACUCGGCUCGUGAUAAAACUAAUUCUGAGUAUAUUCCUGGAGAUCAUAUACUUGAGAUGAAUGAAAAAAGCAUUCAAGAUAAUGUAAUUCCUGAAAAGUCCAUUGCUAGUGCUAACAUAAGGGAACAAAACAAACAAACUCCUCGUGAUACUCCAGGAAGUGGGACCUCCAUGGUAUUAAAUGAACUUAAGUUAACUACUAGUAGUAGUGAUUCUACCUCAUAUAUAGAUAUAAAACCUUUUAACUCUCUUGAUGAAAAGUUGCUCAAUACAGCUGGCUUGCCCCCUGUUAAUAUAAAUGUGAAGGACCAAGCAAAAACUAAUGUUGCUCCUGUUACUAAUGUGAAAGCUGACCAAUUAUCUCCAAAAUCUCUGACUGUAAGUAAUAUGUCUGCAGCAUCUAUGAAAGAAAGUGAGAACAAGAUUGUAAAAGAGAAUCAAAAGAACUCACUAAGCAUGCAGGAAUCUGCUAAAUCUGAAGGUGAUACAGCUGACUUUAGUUAUGGUGAUGAUUUUUCACCAUCACCAGUAUCUAAAUAUAAAGAUGUACCAGACAAGCAACACAAGUCAUCAGAAUCUAUUCAAGAAAAAUCUGAUAAGAGUGUAAUAAAGAAUAUUUCAGUAGAAAGUCCACAUCAAACAUCUCAGAGUUCUCAAAGUUCAGUUUCAAUAUCUGAUGUUGCUGAUCUGAUUAGUGAAAAAAGUUUAAGUCUAUCACAUAAUAAAUCAAGACUUUCUGAAAGUAUUCACUCUAAAGGAAGAGAUGAACGAAAACAGUCUAAAGUACACAGUGAUGACUCAGGAGACUUUACAGAGUCUCCCGUCCCCUCAUUGUCCAAUUUAAGUCUUGAUAUCCAUAGUGAUUGAUACAUUUUUAGUAGUCAUAUCCUUUGCUGUCCUAAUAAAUUAGGUAUUAUAAGUAAAGCAAUAAUACUUUAAAAAUACAAAGUAAGUUCCUUGAACUAGAUGCAUUUUUUUAGAAUGAUUAUUUGGGAAUAGUUUCUAAUGCUGCUGGAUAUGUAUGUACAAAUUUACCAUGGAGCCUUAAAAUAGAAGUAAUUGUAUUUUGGAAAAAUAUUGUUGAAGAUUUGCAACCGUUGAAAUAGAAACCAGUUUCUUGAAACAUAUAUUUACAAAAAAAAUAAACAAAAUCAUAAUUUUCUGUAUAUUUGUAUUGUGAUAAUCUAAUUUCUCGUAUUACAGCUGUCAUGUUUGUAGGCUGUAGUUAGAUUUAUAUGUAUAUGAUAGCUAAAUUUUGUGCAUUGCUUUGUGUGCAUGCAACAGCCAGUGAAAGUUUCUUAAGUUGGGUAUUAUAGUUUGUAAAUGAAUCUACUUGUGCUGGAUUCCAGAAAGCAUUAAAAUACUUUUAGCCUUCUUUUGCAAAUAUUUUGAUAUGUUCAUUGCCAGAUUUUAAAAAAACUCACAAGGCCUUUUUUGAUUUAAUAGGUUUAUUAACGAUUUUAGAUUCACAGGGUUUUUUAAUUUUUAUGGAAUGCAGUCAAGCUAUGUUCAUAAUUAAUGUUAAUAUUAGCUAAAUUAGGCAUUUAAUUACCUAUACUGGUAUAGUCAUUCUUAUUUGUUUUUAUACCAGCUAUCCUGAGUGCCACUGCCUUUUAAAACUUGUUAGUGUUAAAAAAGCGAAUCAUUCCUUGCUACCAUUGAAAUGUCAGUGACAGAUACUGCUUUGUUAAAAUGGUUGUGCCUUAUUUAUAUCGGAUUCACCAAGUAACGCGAUUGUUCCUUUUAGUACUCAAUAACUGAUGAUUCUAGUCCUAAAUGAAAUAAAACUGGUUCCGUCCAAAUUGCUCCAUUAUCAUGUCUGUUUCUGGCGUAGGUUAUUUAUAAAACUAUGCUGUAACUAUCUGUGUACUUUAAAUAUAAAUGUAACUAUG